AAGACCGUCCAGGAACAGCCGUUGAUAGUCUGCAGCGAAAAGCGGGGGCGCUGCGGGGCGGGGAAGAUAGGAUCGCGGGAUAUUGUACUAGCUGGCUACCUAAUUUCCGUCUCGGGUUGCAGUCAUCGAACCAUAGACACCGCUAAAUUGAUUAACGUUCGCCUUCCAUGCGCUGAACCGUGGAGUUUUCUCCGUAUAUACCGAGAGGGCGGAAUGUUACGUAGGAGACUCACCAGGAACAUGUACAAAUCCACUCACGAGCAUCCCGACGGGGCCCGAAUCGGAUCCGAUAGAAUGUGUGGAAUGAGUGACGUCCCGGUUUGCGUUGAUAUUGUUGUUGUUGUUAGCGAACCGGUCACUAUUGAAAGGACGCGUCUUCCCCUCCCAACUUGCUCGGUCGUUCUGCCACCCUUCGUCGUGUUGCAAGACCGUGGGAGUGAUAUUUCGAGGCGGCCACGAUGGUUUCUGUAAACGCAUUGCUGUGGCUCGCGCUUCAUGCUGCGAAUGUCUUAGCCAGGCCAAAAUUAGCAACAUCUGCCAGCAAGUCUAUACCACUUGACCUCGGGUCAUUCUUCAACAACAAGGCGUUUGGAACCUUUCCGGGUGAGGCAGACUUUGAUACAUUAAAUCAGUCAUAUCCCGCGCCGCCAUCGAACGCGUCUACAUACACGUCUUCCGAGACGGGUGUGUUGUACUCCUUUCCUGGGUACACGGGGCCAUCCAAGCCCGACAACUUGAUAUGCAAUGGCCAAACCAUUGCGGUUCCCAAUGACGCAUACUUCUCAGCAUCCUUCCUCGUUGCCGCAGACCUCGAGCUAUACAGUGUGUCCGCCAACGUAACGUUCACUUAUACCGACAACACCACGUCCCUGUACGAGCUGCGCAGUCUAAGCUUCUUCAACUUCUUGACCAUCAAUCGCGGUGAGAUCAUCUACCCCUACCGCUUCACCGAAAAUGGCACCAACUACAACUCCACCCACAUCUUUGAGCGGACUUCAAGCUUGGAAAACGGGAAGACAUUGAGUUCCAUCACCCUGCCUACGACUGCAAACGCAACCGAAGGCCGCCUUCACGUCUUCGCCAUUUCGCUCUGGAAGGGCUCGUCGGUCAACGUGCAGGCAGUGCGUCCUACUCAGAAAUGGCUCGCCAACGGGACACAAGCCGUCGAGGUCACGGUGAACAACGCGGGGUCCGAGUGCGUUUCCGGGGAUGGGUUGAAGGUGUCACUCGCCGGCACGGGGUUCAAGACAGUUCUGCCGGGGAGCGUGAAGCGGCUCUGUCCCGGGGACCAGAAGGUGGUCACGGUCGGAGUGGACGGAUCCUCCAAAGGCCCAGUCCCUGUUGACGUGGCCAUUAGUCAAGCUUCCAGCAACCAAACAGUUCGCUUCCAGAAUGUCGAGAUUGGAUUGACGAGUUGGACUUCGGAUCCAGACAAUCUGGCCCGGCAUGAGAGUCCGGAAUGGUUUGAUGGCGCCAAGUAUGGGAUUUUCAUCCAUUGGGGGCCUUAUGCUGUCACCGGCUGGGGAAAUUCGUCGCCGUACGAAUCGUAUGCUGAGUGGUUCUGGUGGUACUCAACGCAUCACCCUCAAGCAGACGCAUCCGAUUUCUACAAUUAUCGCCUGGAGACGUAUGGGCCUGAUUGGGCGUACGACGACACGUUUCCCGAUUUCAAUGCGUCUAACUUUGAUCCAAAGAUGUGGGUCGACCUCUUCGCCGACGCGGGUGCUAAAUAUUUCGUCAUAACUACUAAACACCACGACGGCUUCGCGCUCUUCGACACGGGUUCCACCAGCAACCGUUCCGCCCUACAUUACGGCCCGCGCCGCGACGUCCUCGGGGAGCUCUUCUCCGCCGCCGAGACGUACCAGCCCUCCCUCAAGCGCGGUACCUACUUCUCCCUCCCGGAAUGGUUCAACCCCGACUUCGGCCCCUACGGCUUCGACCAACUCCCCAGGGCAUCCACCGUCUCCUGGCCCGGCAUGCUCGCCACGAACCCCUACACCGGCGUCGAGGAACCCUACACAGGCCACGUUCCCGUCGAGGACUUUGUUUCCGAUCUGAUGGUCCCACAGAUGGAGACGCUCGCUUACACGUACGGGACCGACAUCAUGUGGUGCGACUGCGGCGCCGCCAACGGAACCGCCUCCUUCGCAGCCGCAUGGUGGAACACCGCGCGGGCGCAGAACCGACAAGUAGCCAUCAACUCGCGGUGCGGGAUCGCAGAAGCGGCGGAUUUCGACACCCCCGAGUACCAGACUUUCUCGUCGGCGCAGCACCGCAAGUGGGAGUCGAAUCAGGGGAUGGAUCCGUACAGUUAUGGGUACAACCGCGCGACGCCGGACGAGGCGUACAUGAAUGCGAGCACCAUUGUGUAUACCCUGGUGGACAUGGUGAGCAAGAACGGGAAUCUGUUAUUGGAUAUUGGGCCCCGCGCCGAUGGGAUGAUUGUGCAGAGGGAGGUGGAUAAUCUGUUGGAGGCGGGGAGCUGGAUCCGGACGCAUGAGGAGGCGGUGUUUAAUACGACGUAUUGGUUUGUGCAGAGUGAGAUUGUGGGGGGGUUGGAUGUGAGGUUUACGCAGACGAACAACGCGUUUUAUGUCUUGUUCUUGGAGAAGCCGGUAGUAACUGAGGGCGUGGUGAAGGUCCCGGCGCCGGUGCCGAUUUUGGAGGGUGAUAAUGUGAGUCUACUGACGGUUGACGGUGGAGAGACUCUGGAAUGGGAGGUCUCUGGCCAGGGGAGCAGCAGCUCAGAACUGAGUAUUGAGGUUACGGAGGAUUUGCUCGCCAAGGAGGAGUUUUGCUGGGUUUUCAAGAUUGCCUACAGCUGAUGUUGUCGGCUGGGGUCUCAUUAGAUGGCUAUAGCCGUCUUUACCUAAAACUAAUGCAGAC